CGUAGUCGUGCGUAAAAUCGGUGUAAAAUGGAGACGCGCGUCCUGGCAACGGUAACAACCCUCCUGUCGUGGAGUUACUGCGUGUUGGCCACGCAGGUCGCCUUCUCCAACUUCUCCGUGGACAACGAGGUGCACUCCAGUUUCAUCCAGCGGCGGCUGCGGAGCCAGGAGCGCAGGGAGAUGCAGCGGGAGAUCCUCUCCAUCCUGGGGCUGCCUCACCGGCCGCGGCCGCACGUCAACACCAAACACACCGCCGCCCCGAUGUUCAUGCUGGACCUGUACAACACCAUCUCCACAGAUGCACAGCCGCCAGGAUACUCUUACUACAAGCCCGCUUUACCCACCCAGGGCUCCUCCAUGAUGACCCCGCAGGACAGCCGCUUCCUGGAUGACGCAGACAUGGUGAUGAGUUUUGUCAAUCUGGUCGAUCAGGAGAAGGAUCUUCUGUUCCAGCAGCACAGAAGAGAAUUCAGAUUUGAUCUUUCCCGUAUUCCUGAAGGAGAGGCCGUCACAGCAGCAGAGUUCAGGAUAUAUAAAAAUGUUGUCCAGGAACGCUACGAGAACGAGACCUUCAUGGUCAGUGUGUACCAGGUCCUGGAGAAACCUCCAAACAGGUGCGGGGCCGAUGAUGGUGUUAAGGGCAACACCAUUGUCAUUCACAGACACACAGACGAGCAGGCGGCAGACGUGGGCCUGAGGGUCUGA